GUGGCAACCUCCAGUGUGCAGCUGGAUGGAUGGGGAGAGCAGCUAUUCUUACUCGUGAGAAGUGAGUUUCAGUUCAGCUUUCCACUUCUCGCUAGGCGGCACAUCCUAAUUCGGAUAAUCAGGAACAAAUAUAAAUACUCUUCCUAUCUUGAAGUACCAGACAGAUGGCCGAUCCAACAAAGUGAAGAAGUCUAAGAAGGUGGAAGGAAAGACACUGAGAACAGAGUAAAGAUAAAAAGUAAAGAUGGCAGCUUUGAUUACCGGUCUGGCCCGACUCUUUCAGCCAACGAUGAUGCUCCCUGGAGGAAAAUCGGAAGGUCUUGGCCUGGCCCCAUGGUACCUCCUCUUGGGCCUACGCCUGGUGGCCCUCCUUCUAGCCAAUGACCCCUGGUCCUCUGCCAAGACAGACCUGGUCUGUAACUGGACGAAGACAACAAUGGAGGAACAUCUUCAGCCUUUCUGUCAAGCUCUCUGCUUCAACCAGCACUUCUCUUCUCCCGUCUCUUCGGCGUGGGGCCUUGGUUUCCUGCUCGGCCUCUUCCCUGUGGGGCUUAUGGGGCUGAUAAAGAUUGUAUCCGAGCACCAGAAGAAAGCUGCAACGGCAGGAGAGGAAGAGCAAGGCAACCCUGAUGGCGCCACUUAUGCCAUGAUGGCUGCAGAAUCUCACCCAUCCCACAAAGAAGCCAUCUUAGAAAGGAACGCAGCUCCCUUGGAUGCCAAGACGUCUCCUCCGUCUACCUGGCACGUAGCAGCCUUUGGUUGCCUGGUGAUUCUUCUCCUGGUAAUGGAGGUGGUUUUCCUCUGGGUUGUAAUUGCUCUGCAGAUUCCGUUGGUGACUGACCUGACCUUCCGGUGUCUUCUCGAGGGAAGGGCCUGUCCCCCAAUUCUUGAGUGUGUCAUGCUGGGCCAAGUAGACAAGCAGGUAGCCUUGUGGGGAUUGAUCUUCACGGCCAUUAUGAACGUGGUUGUUUGCCUGUCCUGCCUCCUCUUAAGACUUGUGAAGAUUUGCCGGUGCCAGCAGUGAUAAUGCGUGAAGAGUGACCCCCUCCCCCCAAAAAAGUUUCUUCUACUAGCCGCCCCAAAAACUUGCCUUUUCAAGUUCUAUAUUUUUAAGAAUAGUAUUCCUUGUUCUUUCCUUGCCAUCUUCCAUCUUCUUUCAUGAGGUAUUAAAAAAAAACACACAACUGAGGCUUAAAAUAUAUGAAUGGCUAGAUUUUUUUUUUACUAGAAGUGUUAAAUUUUGGAUAAAUAAACCUAAUAAGAAAGGAAAACAUGUGAACGUCCUUAAAUGUGUAUGAUUAUUUUUUUAAAAAAUGGUAUUCCUUAGGCUAAGAGAAUCAAUGUGGGAUAGAAGCUAAGAUGUUGGACUGAAACAAGGAAACUAUGUUUAAAUCACUGCUUUGUCCACAAAACUGUGUGUUUGUGUGUGUUACUUUCUCUCUGUGUCU